AUGGCAUCCAAUUGGCUCAAUCAGGUCGUUGUGGCCUUCCGAAAGACGGCACCGUCGGCCUGGGAUGCCCAGACUGGGUCGUGUUUGGAGUCGGAGCCCGACCCGGUCUUCUGCUUUCUGCCGGUGCGCUGUGUGGGCUUCCGCUUUGCGCUGCACGCACCGUGGGCGCUCACGUCCAACCGAGAGGACUUCCAUUUGGAGGAUCCGUGGAACGUUUGGCUCCGCUCUUUGGCCGCCAAAGCUUUGGCUGCAGCCAUCGAAGCUCUGGGGGCCAGCGAGAGCGGUCCCGGGAACUUGCUGAGCUUGCUGGAUGGGCGUCGGGUGUUGGAACCCUUUUGGCGACGUCUGUUGGAGGAGGCGGCGCAACAGCUGAACGAUGCUCCCGUGGUGCCCGUGCUCCACGAGACCAAGCUCUAUCGCCCCUCCGAGGCUCAAGCGAACCGGGUGCUGGUCCCUCCACCGGCACUGCUGCGCAGCACCGGCGCACUGCGCUUCCUCCACGCGCUGCCGGGCUCCGGGUGGCCCUUCGCGACCGGGAAGCGCCUGGCGCGCGUGGGCACCGGGGAGAAGAGUGAAGAGGCGUCGCGUGAGGACGCCCGGCGUUUGCUGUCGCUCAAGGCAGAGGCGUUGAGCUCAAGGCGCUUGGCACGACUGCUGAACUCAGGGCCUGUGCCAUGGCAUCAAGGGUUGGACGGUCGGAGGCGGUGUGGCGCCUUGAGCUGGAUGAGUGGAGGGGAGUAUCAAGCGGUGUGUUUCAGAGGGAUCACGCUGUGUGUCAGCCAGGUAUGGCCAGGUGCACUCAAACAGAAAGGGUUCAUUCAUGUGAUGGAGGCCUCGAGCAGGAACUGA